GCAGAUUCCGUGGCUGGAGCCGACACAGGGGCUGGAGCCGACGCUUGAGCCAACUCAGGGGCUGGAGCCGACGCUGGAGCCAAUGCUGGAGCAGACUCAAGGGGUUGGAGCCAACACUGGAUUAAACCCUCAGUGGCUGGAGCUGACGCUGGAGGCGACUCAGGGGCUUGAGGGAAAGAAUGUGGUGUUCUGGAGAAAGAUCGACUGAGCAAGAGUGCAAGGGAUAUAUUGCUCCAAUGAGCAGUUGUUACUAUCCCAGGGCAUCGAGUAUAAUGAUUCAUACAAACCUCCAUGGAAGAUUGUUAUAAGCAAUUUAACCACCAAAUAGACGGAGUAGGCCAAAUCCAAGAAUUCCUCUGCAUAUUGGGCAAGGUGACGGCCAUUUUGUUAGAGGGAGUAUAGCAGUUCAGCUUGAUGGAGAGGAAUGCUUGUACUGCGAUCAGUGUAGGUCUGGUCUUCUGUUACGGAUCACAGACUUAGACAGAUGGACAAUUCAACUACAGUUCAGUUUUAUUGCAGUGAUGAGAAAAAUGGAGUAAUGCAGGUAAGUAAAUAGAGGUAAUAGCAAUUCAGAGUAUAGAUGGAGAGGUAACUGGUGUUUAGUGUCUCUGUAGGUGCUGGAGAGAUCAUAGAUGUGGAGAUGAGGUACCAGGAAUGCACACACCUCAUCUUCUUUUAGGUAAGUAUCCAGGUUAUGUCAAACACAGGGAGACGCUGGAACACAGGAGGAACUGCUGGAGAAAUGAUGGAGACAGGAACUCUGGAGAAUACAGUCUUAACUCUAAACGAGACCAGCUUAGGUGAGCUCAUUACAGCACCAGAUGGAGGCCAGAUCUCUCUGGAUUGGUUUGACAAUGAUGACAGCGCGUCCCACCCGGACCAGUCCACGCGCCCCACUGUGCUGCUGCUCCCAGGACUGACGGGCACAAGCCGCGAAUCCUACAUUCUACAUAUGGUACAGCAAAGCCGGGAUCUGGGCUACAGAUGUGUGGUGUUUAAUAACAGGGGAGUUUCAGGUGAAAAGUUACUGACACCUAGGACUUACUGUGCAGCGAACACAGAGGAUCUGGAGGUGGUCAUUGAACAUGUCCAGCGGACCAUUGACAAAGCUCCGCUCAUGGCAGCUGGGGUUUCUAUGGGCGGGAUGAUGCUGGCGAACUAUCUGGGUCGGAAGGGCUCGGAGGUGCGUCUGAAGGGAGUGGUGGUUUUCUCGGCAGGCUGGGAUGUGUUUGAGUGCACAGCUUCACUGGAAAAGCCCCUGGACCGCUUCCUCUUCAACUCCUACCUCACCAGCUGCCUGCAGGCAUCCGUGGACCGUCACCGAACCAUUCUUGAAAAAAAAUAUGACAUAGACCAUGUGAUGAAGGCUAAAACAAUCCGAGAGUUUGAUGAACGUUUCACAUCGGUCAUGUUCGGUUAUCCAUCCAAUGAUGACUACUAUCGAGACGCGAGCCCCAUUCACAAGAUCAAGUCUGUGCAGGUGCCAAUGCUGUGCCUCAACGCAGCGGACGAUGUCUUUUCCCCCAAUCAUGCCUUUCCAGUGGAGGCAGUAAAGCAAAACCCCAAUGUGGCCUUGCUCAUUACCUGUCACGGCGGCCAUAUUGGCUUUCUGGAGGGUCUGUGGCCACGGCAGAGCACCUACAUGGACAGAGUUUUUCGCCAGUUCACCAAGGCCAUGUUUGAGAAUGGCAGUCUAGAUGAUCUCCACUGACCUUCUCUUUCCAUUCCCUCUACAGCCAUGAGCAAAAAAAUCUCAAAAUGAAGGGCACAGGUUCACUUGAGGGCCAGGAUAGUUUUUUUUAGUCUGUUUUUUAUUUAUUUCUUUAAGUAGUCAUAUUUGAUUUGCAUUCAUGAAACAGAAAUUCUUCUUUGGCUCACAUGUUCCAUCCGUCCAUCCAUUGGUGCACUUAUUUGUUUCUUAAUUGCAUGUCUGUCUAUCACUCUCUUAAUUAUGUAUUUUUAAACAUGACUAAACAUCCACCUGGACCACUGAAUCACUCACUAGGUGAUAUUACUCAACAUCAAUCCACAUGAGAUCGAGAACGUCCAGAAAAACACCGUUUGUAGCCCUGAAACCUAUUGGGACCAUGUCAAAAAGAAAUUUCCAGAUUCACUAAUAAUAACAAUAAUAAUAAUAAAAGAUAUAUAUAUUUUUGCAUAAAGAAAAAUGAAGCUUCAUUUAAGAAAUACUCAUGUUUUGACAUUAUUCUCAACACAAUGAAGUACAUUUCCUUUAAUCCUUUUGCAUAUAAUGCAUUAUUAAAUCACCAUUAUAUUUUAUUUCAAAUAGUGCCAUGAUGUAUACUUAUAAUAGUCACAUUAAUUAAUCACAUUACCGUAACCCUAUGAGUCAGUAAGAUCGAAGAUCAAAUCUUAAGUUAAGCAUUAACUGCUUCUUCAGGAGCAAUUUUUAAAUAAAGAAUUUUUUUUUUUUUUAAUUGUUAAAAAUUUAAACAUUUAAAUUUACCAUUUUUAUUUACCUCCACCUCCAUUUAAUUGAGAAAUGGACAUGUUUUUAUGAGAUUUUGUCAAAUUGCACUACUGUAGAAAUGAUUGUAGCCAAGAAUGUUAGAGGGAAUUUGUGCAGUUGUUUUGUGCAAGUCUAAAAAUUUGUUAGAGAUUUUACCUAAAAGAUUGAUAAUGACCCAUGAUGCCGUAAUACCACGUCCAAGCAAAGAGGUCACAGUCCAGCAACACUUUCACCUUCUCAUGUAAACGUAAAGGUUAAAUUCAUUGGUUUCCAUUGCAAUUGGUGCACUGCAUCCAGGCCUCCAGUUCAGUUCCUAUAGUGUAAAGAAAGGAAUAUUUAGCUAUUAUUGUCUUUACAGUAUCACUGAAGUGUGUGAAGCCAGUAGAUACUUGUGGUCAUGUAUUUACAGAGAGUAUAUUUCCAGCUAUAACUUGAUGUUUCUUUAAAGUAUCUUAUAUGUUACUUUCUUUGUUUCUUGUUAGUUUGUGAUUUUUUUGGCAAAAACAACCAAAAAACAAAAAGACACAUAUGUGGCUUCAAGGAUUCUGUGAAUGUGAAAAUGACUUGAGCUACUGUUUGUCUAAAAUGCUUGCUUUGAAUUGCCUUUUAUAUGAUGGUGCCAUUGAAAUCCUACUAACAGCUCCUUAAAUGAUCUGAAGAAUGAGAAAAAAAAUAGCUAUGUGAGAAUGACAGGAAUAGUGAUGGCAGUGAUUUUAUGAGGAAGCUCUUUAUAAUAAACGAUGUAACUGUUAACUGUUAAUGUAACCGAAUAUAAAUGUAUGUAGGGAUUUUCAUGGAGGAAUGAUAUGAUGUCCAGAACUAGACAUUAGUUAUUGAAUCCUAUGAAACUGCCCAGCCAUGUGUUGUAUAUUAACCGUUGUCUGUUUUUAUGAUGGCUUCAUACUGCGCUUCUAACUGUCAACGCCUUUGCUUCUGUAGACUUUAAAGACGCUUUCCUCUCUGCUUCCCAUCCAUCCUGUUCCUGACUGAGUAGCAUGUGUCACUAUUCUAAGUGUCUCGAGUAACUGUACUGAUAUGCAUCAUAUAACCUGUAGCACAACAGACAUAUUUUUCCAUGAAAAUGUCUUUCCUUUUAUAGAUUUAUAAAAGGAUUGUGUAUUUAACUUGUGCAGCAAUAAGAUUUUAAUACAAGAUCUAUGUCUGUGUAGAAUAAAUAUAUGCAUAUGUACUUGUAUGGAUUAUAAGUGCAUUUGUGGUCUUAAAUAAAUUAUGGAAUUCAA